AUGGUGGUCUUGUCGCCGUCGCUGCAGUCCUUCCCGCCCGCCGAGGCCAUCCGGUCAUCGCAGUUCGACAGCCACGUCCGCUUCCCCGGCCAGAUCGCCGGGGGCGCGAGGGGCCUCCCCUUCCGCCGCGCGCCGUCCUUCCGCAAUGCCGCUGACUGCGGCAACGCCACCGGCAAUGUCUGCAACCCCUCGCUCGUCCACAUCGCGAUUACUCUGGACGAGGGGUACCUGAGGGGCUCGGUCGCCGCGGUCCAUUACGUGGUUCAGCACGCCAUGUGCCCCGAGAGCGUCUUCUUCCACUUCCUCGUCUCUGACCCGAGCCUGGGCGACCUCGUCCGCGCCGUCUUCCCGCAGCUCCGGUUCAAAGUCUACUACUUCGACCCCGCGCGCGUCCGGGGGCUCAUCUCGUCGUCGGCGCGGCAGGCGCUGGAGGAGCCGCUCAACUACGCCCGCAACUACCUCGCCGACCUCCUGGAGCCCUGCGUGCGCCGCGUCAUCUAUCUGGACUCCGACCUCGUGCUCGUCGACGACGUGGCCAAGCUCUGGCGCACCGACCUCGGCGGCCGCACCGUCGGCGCGCCGGAGUACUGCCAUGCCAACUUCACCAAGUACUUCACCGACCGGUUCUGGUCAGAGGAGCAGCGGCGGAGCGCGCGGGAGCAGCGCGGGCAGCGCGGCGGGCGCGCGGGAGCAGAGCAAGCAGCGCGGCGGGCCUGGCGAGCAGCACGGCAGCAAGCAGCGGGGCGGCGGGCGGCGGCGGGGCCCGUCCAGCCUCUCGGUCUCACUGAUUUGUGGGCCAGAGGAAAGUUCAAUACGAAUGGUAAAUUUGAUAAAUUUGAUCUGUGA